UUUCAACACAAAAAACAAAUAAUAAAAAAACAACAAGAUUCAGCCGAGAAGAGUCGCACCGAACUCAACUAGCCGAGAAGAGUCGCCGGAAUUGUUCGCCGGCCGUCAGAAACAGACGGAAAAGCUUACCAGGUUAAGGGAGCUUAAAAGAGAUGAUCUACACGGCGAUCGAUACAUUUUACCUCACGGAUGAGCAGCUAACGAAUACACCCUCCAGAAAAGAUGGCAUAGAUGAAGCUACUGAAACCACCCUUAGAAUCUAUGGCUGUGAUCUCAUCCAAGAAAGUGGCAUUUUGCUUAGAUUACCACAAGCGGUCAUGGCCACCGGGCAGGUUCUAUUUCAUCGCUUCUAUUGCAAGAAGUCAUUUGCACGGUUCAAUGUCAAGGUCGGCCUUGAUAUAUAUAUUAUUUGUUCUUUUUCCUCUCUUGUGCAUGAUAAAUCAAAAGGCUCAUUGCAUUUAUUUCUGCAGAAAGUUGCUGCAAGCUGCGUGUGGCUGGCUUCAAAACUGGAGGAAAACACAAGAAAAGCCAGACAAGUACUCAUUAUUUUUCACAGGAUGGAAUGCAGGAGGGAGAACUUGCCCAUCGAUCAUUUAGACUUGUAUUCCAAGAAAUACGCCGACUUAAAAAUGGAGCUGAGUAGAACUGAGAGACAUAUUUUGAAAGAAAUGGGAUUCAUCUGUCAUGUUGAACAUCCUCACAAGUUUAUUUCGAAUUACCUUGCUACCCUUGAAACACCUCCAGAAUUGAGGCAAGAAGCUUGGAAUCUGGCUAACGAUAGUUUGCGCACUACAUUGUGCGUUAGAUUUAAGAGUGAGGUUGUGGCUUGUGGCGUUGUGUAUGCUGCAGCCCGUAGGUUUCAAGUACCCCUUCCUGAGAACCCACCGUGGUGGAAGGCAUUUGAUGCCGAAAAGUCCGGGAUUGAUGAAGUCUGCAGGGUUCUGGCUCACCUUUAUAGCCUUCCAAAGGCACAAUAUUUACCGAUUUGCAAGGAGUGGGAUUCGUUUACAUUCUCCAACAAAUCAUUGGAAUCAAAGUCUCAGUCAACUGCAAAGGAUGCUCCACAAAGUAGCUCCCCGGUUACUACUGAGACGUCAGCACUAAAGGGAGCUGCAGGAGAAGCUGAUAUUGAUUUGAGUGGUAGCAAGGUUGCUUUGGUAAAACAAACUAGUGAUAAGCUGAACGAUGCUAGGAAGUCCGAUGAUGAAUCCAAAGGCAUGGCUGCCGAGAGAGAUGUAAAAGAUGAACACGCACUGAAGUCCAAACAAGACCGUAAAAUGGAGGCCAGUGGGGACUUACACAGGGACAGGGACAGAGAGAGGGACAGAUUAAAAUCCAGGGAUCGUGAUCGGGGAAGGGAUUCUGAUAAAGAGCGUGAGCGAGAGGAAUUUGAGAGAGCCAAACUCAAGGAUCGUGGUCAUCGUUCCAGGGAGAGACCAAAGGAUUCAGGUAUUUAUUUAUUUAUUUAUUUUAUUUGUGAUUAUUGUUUUGUUGUGUAUUUAGGUUAUGAUUUAGUUUUUGUAUUGGAUGCAGGACAUUCAGAAAAAUCAAGGCGCCAUUCGUCACAUGAUCGUGACCGUGACUACUACAGUUCGUCUUACUCGUCAAGAGAGAAGGAUCGGCAUAGACAUCAUUGAUGUAACUUAAAAGAGCUAUGAUGUGCUCACAUCAUUUCCAUGAUGCUUGUCAAAGUCGGUUAUUUGUAUCUCUUUUGAUGUGCACCUACGUUGUUACCUCUAAAGGUCCAUGUAUGAACAAUUUUUGUAUGUAGUUUCUAUCUCCCUGAGAUGAAAUAUGUAUCCUUCUGUAUCAAUAGUAGUUUAUAUAUUUUUCCUAUUGUUUUAUGUUAAAUGCUCAUUUUUGUGUGUAUUAUGUUUUAUCUAUAUUCUAUAUGUUAACUAAUUAUUAUGU